AUGGAUGAUAAUCAUAUAGUGAUUGAACAUAACACGUGUGGCAAAUUAUUUUGCAAGAAGUGUUUGUAUCAAUGGUGGGACAUCCAGAGAAUGAUGACAUGUCCUUUUUGUAGAGGGGAAUUUACAAAUUCAUUGACGAUUAAACACACAUCAAGAUGCCUCUAUUCUUUGUUGAUGAAACAAGAAAUUCGUUGUCCAUUUUCAAAGAAAUGUGGAACAACAACCACAUUCGAAACACUAAAAGAACAUCAGUUAACUCAUCAUCAGGAGUUGAUUGUUGAUAAUAGAGAUGAGAGAGACGAUGACUAUUUCGAAAUUGACCAAAUAAAUCCACAAAUUAUCAAAAGUAGUGUUUGGGUAAAUCCAAAUGAUCAAAUUUCAGAAAGUUCAUACUCGUUCCCAGUUAUUAUUAAAUGGAUAUAUGAACUAACGCCCUGGGAGAUUUUGAUAUUUCCUCAAGGAGUUCAUAGAAUAGAAGAAAAGUGUGUCUCAGUAUUUAUUGGAGCAACCAAUUCUGUCAAAAGGAGAGUUAUUGUUGAGAUUGAACUCAGACAAGACCAUGUAACUAUUCGAAAGAAAGCGAAACAUUAUUUUGAGCCUUAUACUGGAAGACCUGGGUUUAUGCAUUUUUGUUCUUCUUCAGAAUUAAACUUUGAUAAACCCAUUCAAUGUCUUCUAACAAUUGAAUACCAAUAA